AUGGCUCGUGUUGAGACAUCCACUAGCAGGCCGUACCACCUGGUGAUCUUCGGAGCCUCCGGCUUCACGGGUCAGUUCGUGGUGGAGGAGGUGGCCCGGACCGUGUCCGAGGGUCCGAAGGGGGACCUGAAGUGGGCCGUGGCCGGCAGGAGCAAGCAGAAGCUGGAGAAAGUUCUGGAGCAGGCCGCCGGAGUGCUCAGUAAGCCCGAGCUGAGGUCAGAGGUGGACAUCAUCGUGGCAGAUGUGGAAGAACCAGACUCCCUGGCCGCCAUGUGCAAACAGGCUGUGAUUGUUCUCAACUGCGUGGGGCCUUACAGGUUCUAUGGCGAGCAAAUGGUCAAAGCCUGUGUGGAGAACGGAGCCCACCAUAUUGACAUCAGUGGGGAGCCUCAGUUUCUGGAGGGCAUGCAGUUGAACUACAACAGCCAGGCAGCUGAAAAAGGUGUGUACAUCAUAGGGAGCUGUGGAUUCGACUCCAUACCUGCGGACAUGGGAGUCCUCUACACCAGGGAGCAGUUCAAGGGCACGCUGACCGCCGUGGAGAGCUUCCUGACUGUCGGCGCAGGAGAUGAAGGCGGAUGUAUCCACGAUGGCACGUGGCAGUCUGCCAUCUACGGUUUUUCCGAUGGCCACAAGCUCCAGAGUCUCAGGAGGAAGUUUAAUCACAAACCUCUCCCUACUGUUGGCUCUAAACUGAAACGCAGGGGAAAUUUGUUCUACAGUAAUGAGAUCCAGCAGUAUACGGUGCCAUUUAUGGGCUCCGAUCCGUCUGUUGUGAAGAGAACUCAGCGCUUUCUGGUGGAGGAAUAUCAGGACAAACCGGUCCAGUAUGGCGCGUAUGUAGGAAUAGGAGGUAUCGGCAACAUUGUCAAGCUGAUGUUUACUGGCAUGAUGUUCUGGUUCUUAGUCAAGUUCAGUUUUGGACGCAACCUGCUCAUCAAGCACCCGGAGUUCUUCUCCUUUGGAUACUUCUCCAAGGCUGGACCAACUAGAAAGCAGAUGGAGGCUUCAUCCUUCCAGUUUGCUUUCUAUGGAGAGGGCUACACAGAGGGACAGGACCCCUGCCAGGGAAAACCUAACGCCAAGAUCCGCACACUGGUUCAGGGACCAGAGUGUGGAUAUGUGGCCACGCCCAUCACCAUGGUACAGGCUGCCCUAACAAUCCUCAACGAACCCACAGCCUUGCCCAAGACGGGAGGAGUUUAUACUCCAGGAGCUGCUUUCGCAAAAACCACACUGACGGACCGCCUCAACAAACACGGCAUCCAGUUCUCUGUCAUCUAAAGUCCGUCGUCCUCCCUGAUGCCAUACUCCAGGUUUCUCUCAGCACUUACUAACCUGCAUAAUAACAACUGGGAAGUUUCCAACUAGAAGAAAGAGCGCUAUUUCAUCACGAGAGCCUUGACUAGGGAUGGAGCGCACUUUCAGAUUAAGUUCUAACACCAUUUUUGAUGGCACUUUCUGCAUUUAUCUUUUUCAUUUGGUCAGAAACUUGCCCGUCUCCCUUUGGCUUGAAUGUACUAUUAACCCUCCGCUUAUAAGACAAAUGGCACAGCUGCAGCAGCGUUUCCCAGCCAAGGACAGUAAAAAAACAGUUGUGUGUAAAUGGGUUUUACAUGGCCUUCUACUAACAUGAUUAUUGCUAAUGAAAGGAGAAUUUGGUUCACUUAAUGUAAUUGUUAUUCACAUUUGUACCUAAUUGGACAGUAAAUGGUUUAUUAUCAGUCUCUCUACCACUAUACACUAAAACCUGUAGAUGGCCCUUUUAUCAUACCAAAGAUUGGUUAGUGACAUUUUGUAUGGACAGAGAUUAAGUUAUGAUCCAACUUCAUCAAAUGAUGUAUCCACAUCAUGUGGAUAAAAAUACUCCCUUAAAAUACUCACUCUCUCUUUUGCCACAUCUUUAGGUGUUGAUAGUUCGACAACAAACCAAAUGUUCUCUUGACGCCCCCUGUUAUUAAAUAGCAACAGUACAGCAGGCUGAUGGCUUCUAAAUGUAAUGAUCCUGGACAAUAUUUCCCAUGGCAGGAUGUGAGGAUUAGUAAAGUAGGUUGAAGUCAGUGCUACAGAUGUAACGAACUGUAUUAAAAACUGUCAGCUUUAACUGUGUAAGAAAAGUAAACUACAAUCUUUAUAAGUGUUGUCCUUGUGACAUACAGUAGCUUCACAUGCACAAGGUCAUUACUCACUAAGUAGCAUUAACAUGGUAGCUGUACGUGUGCUGUUCUGGUUCAGUGGAGUAAAGCUGUCGACAGAGUAGAAACCUUCUGUAUGUGUGUGUGUGCACGUACAUGCCUGCCUGUUCUGGCCUGUAAGCUAAAAAUCCUGAUUGCUUUGUGUUUUACAGUUACUAGUUGGACUAUCACUAAAUCAUCCUACUUUCUUCAAUCUUCUUUUGUAGCUGAAUGUUGCAACAAUUCACCUAUCCGAACGUUUACUUUUGAGCCUUGUCAGAGAAUGCAUCCAGUUGUUUGUUUGUGCACAAAAUGGCAUGAGUUACUCCAUGAGAUUGAACGGAUCCUCUCUGCUGUUCGUGAGUUAGGGUUAGUGUGUGAUUUUCCUAUUAGUUUUUUCGUUCUUAUGGACUGGAAUUGUUUUAUCCACAAAGUGAUAAUGUUGAUCCCAGUCCUUGUUUUCAUGUUUUGAGUGUUUCAGCAUUAUGUGCACGUGACAAGAAAUGUUUUGGGGUUUUGUUUUGUUGUGCUUUGCUUUGUAUGGGCCUCAUAAAUAAAAAACAACUCCUGCUAAUAGAAA